AUGUCAACAAUCACCAUUCCAGACCUCUCGCUCAUCCUGCGGGCGAGAGGGUCGCCCUCUCGUGACCUGGUGUACAACUACACACCCUUGCCCGUCGAAGGCUGGCUGAGGGUUUUGGUGCUUCACCCAGGAUUCCCAAGCGAUGCUCUUUCGUGCAGUCUUCAAAUUUGGGAAAUCGAGGACGCUGCCAGGCUGGGGUUCGAGGCUCUAUCUUAUGUCUGGGGGGAUGAUCUUGGAUCACAAGUGGGGAAGAACAUCAACUGUGAUGGUGCUACGCUGCCCAUUCGGGAGAACCUGGCCUGUGCGUUGAAUCACAUUCGCCAUGACAGAAACACCAGGUUCCUCUGGGUGGAUGCCGUGUGUAUCAACCAGGAAGACCAGGACGAGAGAUCUCGACAGGUCCAACAAAUGGGUCGAAUCUACGCGAGCGCCGCAAGAGUUCUCGUAUGGAUUGGCCCAGACCUCAAUCAAGAAGCAAAGGAGUGCUUCUCGCUGAUACAGGACACGGCCAUUUUCCUUGCAGAGAUGGUCUCUGACUAUGGAGACGUAAAUGUUUUUCCCCCGGUUACCCGGGAGAAUGGGAAAAUUUGCUCAGAUAUGCGCAAGUGGGAUAUGGUUCGCCGACUGAUGGAUUCAGAGUGGUUUUCCCGAGUCUGGGUGCUCCAGGAAGUCGGCCUGGCUCGAUCCGCAGUCUUGCUCUACGGCAACGUAACUAUGAACUGGGCUUACCUCGUGGAAUUGAUGCUUAUCGUCGCGUCACGCGUUGAUGUCGCCUCACACAUGGGAACUGUCAAAUCCGGUAUGUUCUGGGACUUAUUCGACGAUCUCUGGCGGACUUACGAAAAUGACAUAUCCUGGAGAUAUGAGUUGCCAAUGUCCAAGACUUUGAGUAGUAACGAGUGUAAAGUGAGCUUUAUUAACAUUCUGAAUGAUGGACGAUCCUACAAGGCUACCGACCAGAGGGACCGUGUGUAUGCCUUCCUCAGUCAUCCGAGUACAGCUUGCGGUGCUGCAAAGGAGAAAAGACUGGUGGUCGCCAACUACAACUUGUCUGUCGACCAGGUCUAUCUCAACACGGCGGAGGCAAUCUUGGAGAAUGACCCGUAUCCGUGGACUGUACUUACUUGCAUUGACCACACUACGGAUUCCUCCUCACUUUGCGGUCGGCGAGCAUCCUGGGUUCCACGUUGGGACGAAGGCUGGCGUGUGUAUUGGCUGGGAUAUCCGGAAAUGUGGUAUCGAGCUGGUGGAUCCAAAUCUGCACAAUUUCAAUUCGAGGUCUCCAGGUCCGAGUCGUCGUUACGCGUCACAGGCGUGAUCCUGGAUACUAUCGAGUGGACCUCUAGGGUAUUCGAUUCGGAAGAACUUCUGCUGGAACGUCAGAAGAAGGAGACGCCGUUGCAGAAGUUGUGGCAAGAGUUGGAACACGACCCUGGCAACACUAUUUAUGGCAGCAGCCAUCGCGAUCGAGAAUAUGCCUUCAGCCUCACGAUCGCAGCUGGACGGGCAGCUGACGAAGGGCCCGCUGAAGACAAUCCCAGCCUUCACCACGCCAUCUAUCGGGCGUACAGGGAAAUAGUCCACGGUGAAGACAGCAACGACCAUGAAAGAAAUCUAUUGUCAUCGACAGAGGCCGACCCCAACCCCAAGGGUCAGGAAGGACAAGAGUCUCCAAGAUCCCUCGAACUCGAAGCCCUGACCUACGUCGGCAGCAACCAGCGCAGAGCCUUACAUAACCGGCGAUUCUUCAGAACAUCAAAGGGCUACUAUGGAAUCGGUCAUAUGACAACCAAGAUAGGUGAUGAAUGCUGUGUAUUUAGGGGAGCGAAUGUGCCAUUUGUUAUUCGCAGGGUAUCAGCCGAUCGUGGGCAGGGCUCUACCUCUGGGCAACACGUGCUUGUGGGGGAGUCGUACAUCCAAGGCGUCAUGAGGGGAGAAAUAUUCGAGAUGAUGGAUGCAGGCGAGCGUGAUGAAUUUGUUGAACGAACAAUUAUUCUUGUGUAA